AUGACCCAAACCCACUACACCAUCCUCUCUAUCCCACAAUCCCUCCCACCAACCCACAAAAACUACCAAUCACUUCUCAAAAAGUCCUAUCAUAGGACGCUUCUCCGAUGUCACCCUGACAAGCUUCUAACCGGCACAUCAUCGAUUGCCGGUCAAACCAAGCAAAAGCAAAAUGUAGGAGAAGAAGAAGAAGAAGAAGAUGGUAACGAUGGUGGUGAGAUACACACCGUCGACCAAAUAAACACAGCCUAUAAAACCCUUUCAUCACCAACACUUCGACAGGAGUACGAUCUAUUCCUCCGGUCUUCUGUAUCCAAUGGUACAAACGGUGGUGCUGGUGGAAGGGGAAGAGGAGGGUACAAAACAGGUCUAGAUGUUAUAGACCUUGAUGAUAUGGUCUACCAUCUUCCCGAGGAGGAGGAAGAGGCGGAAGGAUCUCAGGGAGGGAGGUUUACGAAGUCUUGCAGAUGUGGGGCGGAAGAAGGGUAUGUUCUGACUGAAGAGGAUAUGGAUGAUGUUGAGAAGGAAGUACAACAGCAGCAGCAAGGUAUUAAUAAUGGAACCAAGGCACGGUCUAUGAUCAUCGGUUGUUUGGGAUGUAGUCUGUGGGUUCAGGUCGAUUGGGUGGUCUGUGAUAGCGACGAUGAAGGUGGGGAGUGA